AUGUUGAAGGAACUUCUCCUAGUCGGUCUCAGUACCUACGUCGUCUUUCGUUUGUUGUUUUCAAAAAAACGAAACCUCCCACCCGGCCCACCCGGUCUUCCUGUUCUACGAAAUCUAUUCGAUAUACCCACUUCUUUCGAAUGGGAGACCUACGGUAAAUGGGCCGACCAGUAUGGACCCAUCGUUUCUGCUUCUGUCUUUGGUGCUACCAUCAUCGUAGUGAACCAGUACAAGGCAGCGAUGAAGCUUCUCGCCGACAAUCAGAAGGGUGCGAUGUACUCGUCUCGACCGUGGCUUCCGAUGGCCGAUAUGAUGGGAUGGCAGAAAGCUAUGGCUUUCACUACUUACGGACCUCGAUUCCGAAAAUAUAGACAAGUCUUCCACGAAGAACUCGGUAACCCGAAGGCCCUUCGGAAUUAUUGGCCGCAGGAGAUCUCUCAUGCUCGUCACUUCGUUCAACUUUGUAUUGAAUCUCCAGAUCGUCUUGUCGAGAAUACGUUCCAACAUGCAGGUGCUAUCAUUCUCCGCGUCGCGUAUGGCUACACUGCAAAGGACUACGACGAUCCAUUCGUCAAUGCAGGAAACACAGCCAUGGAUUCGUUCAACAAAGGAUGUACUCCGGGUGCUUACAUGGUGAACAACCUCCCAAUACUGCAAUAUAUCCCAGAAUGGGUACCAGGAGCAGGAUUCCAGAAACAAGCCCGCCUGUGGCGACCUUUAUUCGGGCUUAUGGUUGACACCCCUUUCAACUACGUAAAGCAGGAACUAUCGGCAGGAACGGCAGAGGACUCCUUUACCGCCAGGUGGUUGAAGAAGGGACUUUCAGACGAGGAUGAGGAUAUUCUCAGAUAUGCAGCAGGCUCUAUGUUCGGAGGUGGAGGUGAAACGACUGCCAUAACCGUUCAGAUGUUCUUCAUCGCUAUGACUUUAUUCCCCGAAAUUCAGAAGAAAACCAAGGAAGAAAUUGACGCCCUUACCGGUGGUCACCGUCUACCAAUGUUUGAGGACCGAGACAAUCUUCCCUAUCUCGAAGCACUUACGAAGGAAAUUCUGCGAUUCCACCCCACGGCGCCGUCUGGUCUUCCGCACUGUACAACUGAAGACGACCUGUUCGAGGGGUACUUCAUUCCAAAAGGCUGUAUAAUCAUCCCUAACAUCUGGAAAAUGUUCCGCGACGCCGACGUGUACCCGGAUCCAGAGACCUUCAACCCAAACCGUUUCCUGGGUGAAAACCCAGAGCAAAACCCUCGUGAUGCUCUUUUUGGAUUUGGAAGACGUGUUUGCCCUGGUCGUCUCCUUGCCGAUGCCUCUAUAUUCAUUACCCUCGCGACGUGCCUUGCCGCCCUGGACAUCUCUCCCAUAAUCGAGAACGGCAAACCUGUUCUUCCCGAAAUCAAAGGUGAAGGAGGUGCCGUCAACCGACUGAAACCUUUCAAGUGUAAAAUAUCCCCAAGAUUUGAUCGUCAGACAAUGGAGACUUUGAUGAAGGAGCAUUAA